CUUUGGACUGUCAUGAAUGUUAUAGUAAAGAUAAAUGCAAUAAAAAUCUGUGUGCACAUUUAACACAACAUGAUGGAUGGGCUAAAUGGUCGAACUGGGACACAUGUUCUGUAACAUGUGGUGUAGGUAUAGAAAGACGGCAUCGUAAUUGCUCGAACCCGGUACCAGACAGAAACGGACUUCAAUGUUUCGGCGACACACUAGAUGAUAGAAUAUGCUUACCGGGUCCAUGUGCAAAUGGUGGUUGGACUGACUGGGGACAAUGGAGCACCUGUUCAAUGACGUGUGGGGACGGAUUAAAGUCUAGAUCACGUACCUGCACAAACCCGUCACCAUCGCCUCUGGGAAAAUAUUGUGAUGGGGAUUCUGUAGAAGAUGUUUCUUGUACGAAUGUCGGUUGCAGUCCAAACAUAGUAUUUAAAGCUCAGGAUGUAACAAACAAAAAUCCUGGCGAUGGAGGCACUAUAAUAUUUGGCUCUACAUUUGUUAAUGAAGGGAAUGCUUAUAAUACAUCUACUGGAAUCUUCACUGCGCCUGUAAACGGAACGUACUCAUUUAGUUUACAAUUGUGUUCACUCAUGAACAACUAUUUCCUCACGGCUAUCAUGAUAGAUGGGACAACAUAUGCUACCUUAUAUGUUUAUGAUAAAGAUGCGUACCCAUGUGAUAGUACAGACACGGUUGCUGUUUUACAUGAACAUUCAAAAGUAUUUGUUAAAUGCACUCAUCGUUGUCUCAAUGCUGUAUUUGAAGAUAACUUUCAUAUGAACUCUUUCUCUGGAUAUCUGGUUCACCAAUAAACUAA